CAAAAAAAAUACCAGCCAUUAACGACCUGUAACAAUUCCAUUUUCUGCAACCAUUUUUUUUCCUUCAGUGCUUUGGAACCCUAAUUUCAACUACUCAUAGAAAUUUAUAGUAAUUUAUAAUCCAUUAAUUCAUGGGUUGCUCUUCUUCUCUUCCAGAUAGGAGUUCUGGGCGGUUGACUGGACUUAACAAUUUAGAGAAUUCUGGAGUGCCUGAUGCCAAAAAUCUACGCGUAAAGCUGGUCUUAUUAGGUGAUUCUGGAGUUGGAAAAAGUUGUAUUGUUCUUCGCUUUGUUCGUGGCCAGUUUGACCCUACAUCCAAGGUAACUGUUGGAGCUUCAUUCUUGUCACAGACAAUAGCUUUGCAAGAUUCAACUACUGUUAAGUUUGAAAUAUGGGACACAGCAGGACAAGAGAGGGAAGAAUUAAUCGUUUAUUUUGUCUCCCUCAGAUAUGCUGCAUUGGCACCUCUGUAUUACCGAGGAGCUGGAGUUGCAGUUAUUGUGUAUGAUAUAACUAGCCCAGAUUCUUUCACCAAAGCUCAAUAUUGGGUUAAGGAGUUACAAAAACAUGGAAGCCCAGAUAUAGUGAUGGCUUUGGUUGGAAAUAAAGCUGAUCUUCAUGAAAAGCGAGAAGUACCAGUUCAAGAUGGCAUUGACUAUGCUGAGAAGAAUGGGAUGUUCUUUAUUGAGACAUCUGCCAAGACUGCUGAUAACAUAAAUCAGUUGUUUGAGGAAAUUGGUAAGCGACUGCCCCGCCCAUCAUCCUCAUGAUCGGAGGAUAGAUUUUAAAGUUCUGGAACUACAUAGUUGUGAUUUCAAGUUUGUGGAUAUUGUGGCAUACAUCAUGUUUUCUUACUCUAUGAUGUAAUUCUGAAUCUCAUUUAAAAACAUUCAGUUGUGAGUCGCUAUUAUCAGCACAUGCUUGAGCGAUCCAGUGUAACCAUAAAGAUUAUAUCUGACAAGUCAUGUCAAAAGGAUCUAAAUAAUUAUUGCUUUAUGCUAUGUUUCACUCA